CUACCUGUACCCAACGAGAGAGACACCAAAUGAACACCUGCUACUGCUAGGCUGCUCUUCUCUCUUUUGACCAGCCUCACCAUUUCUUUUCUUCUUCGAUCUAUUCUAUUCAGCUCAACCUUCCAAUUUCUCAGCUCACAAUUCCCAAAAAUCGGCAUAGCUAAAGUUUGUCAAAACUUUCGUCGAUCGACGCGUUUGUUUCAGUCAAUAAUCAGUUAACUUUUCCAGGGAAUUGAAAUUUGUUGCUUUCUAGUAGGAUGAAUUUAACCUGAUAAUGACUGAGAUGCUGCACAGAAUUGCGGAACGGAACAAAGUCUUAUAAACAAAGAAUUCUGGUGGCAGGAGUUGAAAUUUUGACGACCUGGUGUGCAUGAUAGAUUGAAGACAAGUCAUAUAUAAGAGAGAGAGAGAGAGAGAGAGAGAGAGAGUAAAUACAAAAGUUUGCAGAUAGACUUGGCUCCCUUACUCCCCCACCCCAAUGGAAAUGGAGAACCAGUAUCACCAUUCUGUCGGCGGUGGAGGAGGAAGAACAAGAGGUGAAGCUUCAUUAUCCAACACUUCCUCCUCUUCUGAUCUCAACCAUUCCUCUUCUUCCAAUUCAAUCUCCCACUCUCUCUCUAUUUCCAAUUCUCAUUCCAAUCAACAUCAGCAACGACAGCGCCAUAACAUUCAUCAGCAACCAGAGGAUCCAAUGCAGUCCUGGUGGGAAUCAGUUUCCAAAGCCCGCUCUCGUAUCCAAAGCCUUCUCAGUCUCCUCCCUCCUUCAGCUUCAACCAGUGAUUCUCUUUCCUCCCUCGCCGACUCUGAUCGCCCUGCCCGCUCCCUUUUGGACUCCUAUGAAGCAUACUCUGCCAUGUCAUCUGCUCUCUCUGGAUCUGGCGAUGAUCCUCUUUGCCACUGGCUCUAUGACACCUUCCUCGAGUCUUCUGAUGACUCUGAAUCAGACCUUCGCCUUGUGGUGGUGUCUUUGGUGCCGCUCAUUGCUGGCCUUUAUCUCUCUCGCAUCCACACCUUCUCCACCACUUCCCCUGCCACACUUGGCUCUCCUUCUCUUGCAGGGUUUGAGGCAGUUCUGCUGGCUCUUUACUCUUCUGAGACUAAAUCUCGUGCUGGCAAACCCCUUCUCGUUUCCAUCCCAUCUCCUGCCUACCUUAAUCACCAUCCAUCCCUGUAUUACACCCCAACUCCUCAACCUUCUUCACAUCAUAAUAAUAAUAAUAAUUAUUCCAGAUCAUCCUCUUCCUUUUCACCUUCUAUUGCGUCUGGAGGAAUUGGAGUUGGGAUUCUCUCUCCUCCGCUGGAGCCCCAAAUGGGCAUCAAGUCCACCAAGCGUGCUUCCAUUGUUGGGGUGGCCUUUCAUUGCUACUUUAAACAUAUAGCCCAAAUGCCUCCGUGGUCUAAGAUUGAUCUUUGCCGUUUUGCUGCUUCUUGGGCUGGUGAUGAUUGCCCUUGUGCUCUUUCUCUUGACUUUCACUCUAAUACUACUACAAAUCAACAAGAUGAUGAGGAUAUUACUGUCUCUGUUAGCGAGGAGGAGCUUGGUGUUUCUUUGGCCACUGUUAGUAGUACUAAUGGAGGUCUAAGUGCUUACCAAAAUGGAGUCACGGGAGGCGAAAUCAUCCUUUCGGAGGCUUUUGCCAGGUUUGAUAUCAACGGCAACGACAACAAUGCCAUCCACUCCCGCAAUUCAGAUUCUUCUUCUGAGGGACAGGAGAAUGAAGGAGUUAGAAUUCCGCUGCCUUGGGAACUGUUGCAGCCGCUGCUGAGGAUCCUAGGUCACUGCCUGUUGGCUCCGCCGCCUCUUAUUACCCAGGAGAUUAAAGACGCUGCUUCUGUUGCGGUAAGGCGCCUUUACGCGAGGGCUUCACAUGAUCUGGCUCCCCAGGCUAUCCUGUCUACCCGAAGCCUUGUUAAGCUGGACAACAGUGCUCGUGCCACUGCAAAGGCCGCCGAAUUGGCUACUGCUUCUUCCAAUGCCAACACCCCCAAAUCUAAGAAGCCUGAGGUCCUCUUGGCCUCUAAGUGAUGCACAUUCCCCCUCUUUUAUAAACUCAAGAUGUGAAUACCAUGUCCAUGUGUAAGAAGUCAAAUUCCUGAUGAGCAUUUCUGUUAUAGUAGAAAAAGUGGAAGGUGGAAUACAGGCUGCUGAUGGACCUUUUUUUUUGGUUUACAUUCUCUCUGUUUCAUCUGUCUAUGCUUCAUGGAUGAGAAUGCAAAAAGUUAGUAAAGUAGCAACACUGGAGAUAUUUAUCUAUCAAUAUCAGCUGCAUUCGGCAACAAGGACUGAAAGUACCUGCUUCUUUCAGCAUUUACUCGCAACCACUAUUAUUCUAUAGACUCUGUAGGCUUUAUGAUGUGUGUACAUUUUUAACUCAAUUUCUUCUAUCUCCUGAUCAUAAAUGUUUGAUAUAGCAAGCUGCGGAAGAUUCAAAGAUGUUGUAAUUGUAUUCUGAGAUCUGUAACCAUGAUUGCACCAUUAGUCAGCUGCUUUCAAGUACAUUUUGAGUUUUUUC